AUGUGCUGGACACUACCAAACCAAUCUCAGCAACAAUCGGAUGUCUCAACCUCAACCGGCUGCAAUCUGACAGAGGAGGUCGACGCCAUUAUCGCAGUGGCAAAGGGAUUCCUCUCGGCGUUGGAAACAAAGUCUCGCGAUGACUUCGACAAGUACUGCGUCAAGGCAGGAGGAAUGGCGCUCUGGCCACCGCCACCCAGCGUGCCACGAUUCUGCACCAUUGGAGCCUUUGUCGAGCACAUUUCCAAGAUCAAGGACGAUAUCGACGAGCGCAUUUGGGACCCUGAAGUGAAGGUGCACGAGUCGGCAAAUCUAGCUGCUGUGUGGGCCCCGUUCAGGGCGAAGAUCAAUGGGGUUGUGGACCAUGUCGGUGUCGAACUGUUCGUCCUCCAUAAGAUCAAUGGGGAAUGGAAGGUGACUGGUCUGGCUGAUUCGUGUCGACGACCAACGGAGGAUGAGCAGAUUUCCCUGGCUUGA